GCUCCAUAUUUGGGCAUGUACGUCAGCGGCGGGGCGGAGCCGAGCCUGCUAAAUAGCGGCGGUUGCCGGGGAAAGCAUUCAUCCCGCGGGAAGAGAGUUCAGCGGCUCAGCUCGGCUCGGCUCGGACCGAGGAGGAGGAGGCGGCGGAGACGCCCCGCCUGGCAACCUCUGCCCAUUUGCCCAGUUUAUCCCCCGGAUCCCUGCAUACAGCCUGUCAGAAUGGUGACCAAGGCGGAGAUCAGCCUGCCGCCCCUGUUGCCAGAGCCGCUGUACCAGGCUCUGGACUCUUACUCGAAGCUGGACGAUGCGCUGAUGACGGGGACGUUUGUCACCGCCUCCACCGACCAGCCGUUCUAUGGGGAACCCCUCGAGCAGUUCGAGCAUCUGCCGGCAGACACGUUUACAGAUAUUUCACCCAGCGGAGAUAAGUCUCUGAUCGAGUCGUUCGUAACUCAAAACUGCAGGCUUCCAUCGGUCACCUACACCGGUCGCUUCUCACUGGAGCCUGCUUCCAGCAACAACAAUCUGUGGCCCGAACCGCUCUUCAGCCUGGUAAGCGGGAUCGUUAGCAUGAGUACACCCAGCUCAAACUCGGCCUCGUCCAGCCAGUCCAGUGCCGUCUACUCUGCCCCUUCCACCUUCACCAACUCCAGCUCCGAAAUCUUCACCGAGGCGCAAUCUCCGGGUUUCCCCUCCGCCGGCGGCUACUCCAACACUAAGAACUGCAGCUCCAACUUCCAGCUGCCAAUGAUCCCAGACUACAUGUUUGCCCAGCAGGAGGACAUUACUAUGAGUAACUCUGAACAGAAACCCUUUCAGACACUGGAACCCAGAGCUCAGCCUUCUCUUAUUCCUCUCUCCACUAUCAAAGCGAUCGCCACGCAAACCAGCUGUUCAGAGAUCAAGAACGUCAAUACUUAUCACUCUCAGCUGAUCAAACCUUCCCGGUUAAGGAAGUACCCCAACCGACCCAGCAAGACACCCCCUCACGAACGGCCGUACGCCUGCCCGAUGGAGACCUGUGACCGGCGCUUCUCCCGGUCUGAUGAACUCACUCGCCACAUUCGAAUCCACACCGGCCAGAAGCCAUUCCAGUGCCGGAUCUGCAUGAGGAACUUCAGCAGAAGCGACCACCUAACUACACACAUCCGCACACACACCGGCGAGAAGCCUUUUGCCUGCGAAAUCUGUGGUAGGAAGUUUGCUAGAAGCGAUGAAAGGAAGAGGCACACGAAAAUCCACCUCCGCCAAAAGGAGAAGAAAGCUGAAAAGACCAUGUGUAUCUCUAGCUCCAGUACCCCAAUAACUUCCUACCAGUCCCCUGUUACCAGCACGUAUCCCUCCGCAGUAGUGAGCACCUCUUUUGACUCCCCUGUUACCAGCACGUAUCCCUCCGCAGCAGUGAGCACCUCUUUUGACUCCCCUGUUACCAGCACGUAUCCCUCCGCAGUAGUGAGCACCUCUUUUGACUCCCCUGUUACCAGCACGUAUCCCUCCGCAGUAGUGAGCACCUCUUUUGACUCCCCUGUUACCAGCACGUAUCCAUCCUCAGUAGUGAGCACCACCUUUGACUCGCCGGUCACUAGUGGUUAUCUUUCUGCAGUAGUGAGCACAUCAUUUGACACCCCUUCCACAAGUGGUUACCUUUCUGCAGUAGCGAGCACCUCAUUUGAUACCCCCGUCACUAGCACUUACCCCUUGGCAGCAGUGAGCACCUCUUUUGACCCCUCAGUCACCAGCACGUAUCCGUCCGCAGCAGUGAGCAUGUCCUUUGACUCCUCAUCCACCAGCACGUAUCCCUCCGCAGCAGUGAGCACCUCCUUUAAUUCCCCAGUCACCAGCACCUUUCCUGCAGUAAACCCAGCUACUUCAGAUAUGUCAACACUUACACCAAGGACAAUUGAAAUCUGAAGUUGUUGGGGUCUCUAGAAAUGGACAUGUUUUUAUAUAAACAUGCUAUUGUAUACAUGUGCCAAACUGUACCCUCUCAGCGUCUGCAGGCACUACGAGGGGGUAUGCCUUUUCGUAUUCCAUCCUGUUUUACCUGGAAUUGGCAGGGGAUAAUUUGGUAAAUGUCUCUAUCGUGCAAUACUCUAUGUCUUUAAGCAAAUGAGAUGCGGUUGGAAUGUCGUGCUACCAGCAUGUACCGGAGAUGUUCUUAUGUCGGGGAAGUUACCCUGGUGGUUUGCCAAGUGGCUGAACUUUGCUUUGUCCUUUGGUUGAUCUUAAAGUUCCGAUAAGUCUGUGUGCCUUUCAUGUGCAGCUUGCUAACACGUAUUUCUGUUAGUGGAUGUGACGCAUCUAAGCCUUAAGGUGGAAAGAAAGACAUGGUCAAAUGAGGCACUUUGUAGUGGGGGGAAGGGAAGAAAUGGCAAAACAUUUCUCUCGAAAGUAAGCAAAAAAUAUCUAAAGUAUAUUUUUGUAACCUGUGUAAAUAGAUUCAGAGCCAGGAUGUUGCUGUUACCUACCGAGUAGGCGGUGUAUUUUUUGUAUGUUCUCAAUUUGCGUCCAACUGGUAAAUACAUUUCAAUGUAGAGUGUUUGUUAUCUGAGCACCUGCCUGUUCACGCUUCAUUCAAUGGAAUGCGCUUUACUGGCGAGUGGAUAUUUGGUGUACAAUAUACCCUCAAGGAAAAAUAAAUCUUUUAAAGAUUUCUCUUA